UUCUCUACCACCACACCACCAUGCUUCCUUCUUUCUAUUUCUUCUUCCUCCUCCUCUUCUCCGUCUCCGUCUCCGUCUCCGCCAACAACCGUCGUGUUCUUCAUCAGCCAUUUUUCCCACAAGAUUCACAUCCACCUUCUUCUUCACCUCCGUCAGUACCCAGUACCUCUACUACUCCCAAAUACCCUUUUGAUUCUUCUUCUUCUACUCCUAAUAACAACACUCCCUUUUUCCCCUCUUUCCCUUCUACUCCUCCACCUCCACCUUCCCCUUCUGCUUUUGCUUCUUUUCCUGCUAAUAUUUCUUCCCUUAUCCUUCCUCAUUCAUCCAAAUCCAAAACCAUUUCAUCUAAACUCAUUGCUACUGCCACCGCCUCUGUUCUUGCUGCUAUUCUUCUUAUCUCCAUUGCUAUCUUCUGCCAUAGAAGAAGAAAUCAAGAUUCUAAUGAUAACAAAACACACAGAUCUAAUAGCAGCACUAGAUUCAAUAAUCCUAACCCAACUAAUAUUCCUAAAUUACAAAGACCAUCUCAGACCAGUUCUGAAUUUCUAUACUUGGGUACUAUGGUUAGUGCACAUACUUCCAUUGAUACACACAAUCGUCGUGCUACUGCUGCACCUUCAAGAAAAAUGGACUCACCGGAGAUCCACCCAUUGCCGCCAUUACAUGGACACAGUUUGCGUAGGAAUGCAGAUGUUAUCUCCCGUACAACUGAAGAUGAUGAGGAGUUUUACUCUCCAAGAGAAUCUUUAGAUGGCAGAGGAAGUUCGAUCGGAACUGGAUCCGCAUCGCGUAGGGAUUUUGCCGCCGUUGAGGUCAAGAAUUUUGCUGGGUCGACCUCAUCGUCUUCAUACUCCUCUUCCAGUUCCGAUUCGGGCUCACCAGUUAGGUCUGUAUCGUUGAGCAUUUCUCCACCGGUGAGUUUGAGUCCAAAAAAUUCACAGCCCAAGUCACCGGAACUACUUGCUGUUCGUACUGCUCCGCUACCUCAGUAUCAUUCUCAUUCGUCUCCGCCGCUAGCAGAUUUUGUACCUAUAUUGGUCAUUAACGGGGAAUCUGAUUCACCAUCUCCGCCCAGUUCAUCAUCUCCGGAGAGAUAUUCAAGCAGGAGUAUUGACUCAUCACCCAGAAUUUCCGAUGUUUGGGAUCAGAAUGUUGAAUCUCCAAUGAGAAUCAGCAAUCACAUACAGCAGAAUGAAUCAGUUUCAGUUCCUCCACCACCACCGCCGCCUCUUUUGAUUAGUAUUCCGGCUUGUGUACAGCCUCCUCCACCACCACCACCACCGCCACCUCUUUUGAUUAGUAUUCCGGCUUGUGUACAGCCUCCUCCACCACCACCACCACCGCCACCACCAGUUAAAAAUUGGGAUAGUCCAAAAACUCCAACACCACCAAUUUCAAAGCCACCAUCCAAGCAUCCAGUUCUUGUAACUCCUUUAAGACCCAUAGAACUUGAGAGUCCAGUGCUGAUUUCCCCAAUGGAGUUGCCUUGUAAUAAGCAACCCAUUGAGAAGAUUGAGCAGAGUAUAGAAGGCUUAUCAAGUGAUACUGGUGGGAACAACGAUGAAACUCCAAAACCAAAGUUGAAGACUUUGCAUUGGGAUAAAGUAAGAGCUAGUUCUGAUCGGGAAAUGGUGUGGGAUCAACUGAAAUCAAGUUCGUUUAAAUUGGAUGAAGAGAUGAUAGAAAGCUUGUUUAUUGUGAAGACUCCAACUCUAAAUCGAAAAGAAAUGACUAGACGCCCUGUUCUUCCCUCGCAGAGCCAAGAGAAUAGGGUACUUGAUCCAAAGAAGUCACAGAAUAUUGCAAUUUUGCUAAGAGCACUAAAUGUAACUGUUGAGGAAGUAUGUGAAGCCCUUUUAGAAGGAAAUGCUGAUGCCCUUGGGACUGAGCUCCUUGAGAGUUUAUUGAAGAUGGCUCCAUCCAAAGAAGAAGAACGCAAACUGAAAGAAUAUAAAGAUGAUACUCCGUUUAAGCUUGGGUCAGCCGAGAAGUUUCUCAAAGCAGUGCUUGAUAUACCUUUUGCAUUCAAAAGGGUAGAUGCUAUGCUGUACAUAUCAAAUUUUGAUUCUGAGGUUGACUACCUCAAAAAGUCAUUUGAAACUCUGGAGGCUGCUUGUGAAGAGUUGAGAAGUAAUAGAAUGUUCUUAAAGCUUCUGGAAGCAGUGCUGAAGACUGGUAACCGCAUGAAUGUUGGGACAAAUCGGGGUGAUGCACAUGCGUUCAAACUAGAUACCCUCCUAAAGCUAGUAGAUGUGAAGGGAGCUGAUGGGAAAACAACCCUCUUGCAUUUUGUGGUACAGGAGAUCAUAAGAAGUGAAGGUGCUCGUCUUUCUGGUGGAGAUCAAGAUCAACAGUCGGCCAUGAAUGAUGACGUCAAGUGCCGGAAGCUUGGCCUCCAAGUUGUUUCAAACCUUAGUUCAGAGGUUGUAAAUGUUAAGAAAGCUGCUGCUAUGGAUUCAGAAGUGCUUCAUAGUGAGGUCUUAAAGCUUUCUAAAGGGAUUGGAAACAUUGCUGAAGUUGUCCGAUCAAUUGAAGCAGUUGGCUUGAAGGAAAGCAGCAUGGAAAGAUUUUCAGAGUCUAUGAGAAGGUUUAUGAAAAUGGCAGUAGAGGAGAUCAUAAGGCUCCAAGCUCUAGAAAGUGUUGCCAUGUCCUUGGUGAAAGAAAUAACUGAAUACUUCCAUGGAAAUUCAGCGAGAGAAGAGGCUCACCCUUUUAGGAUCUUUAUGGUGGUAAGAGACUUCCUAAUGGUUCUUGAUCGCGUUUGCAAAGAAGUUGGAAUGAUAAAUGAACGUACAAUAGUCAGUUCUGCCCACAAGUUUCCAGUUCCAGUAAAUCCAAAUCUACAGCCUGCCAUUAGCGGGUUAGCAGCAAAAUGGCAGCAUAGUUCAUCGGACGAGGAUAGUUCAUCCGCUCAUUAGCAACAUUAGCUUAUAGCAGGCAGAACCCUAGUUUUUGUUUUUGGCCAAAACUAAUGUAAUGUACUAUAAAGGCCAUCUAGGAGUUUGUCUGAGACUUGGCCUGCCUUUUGAGGUACAUGUAAUCUUUUUUUAUAAUCUUGUAUUUAUAUAGUUCUUUGUAUAAGAUGUGGAAAGUUAUCCAUUCCCAUAGAUAGAUAGAUAGAUAGAUAGAUAGAUAGGGACAUCCCUUUAGGAAAUAACAAAGGCAAAUAUUUUGCCGGAAACAUUUUGUGUUUUAUAUAUCUCAAAGAUGAGAGGCCUCAAAUCAAGAAAAAAGGGUGCAAUAAUUAA